UCCUUCGCCUCCUUUCUCUUCACCCGCCCCCCCAUGGGCCUAAGCGAGCGGGAACUGUCCAAGGUGCUAGAAUGCUGGCCGCUCGGCUGCUGAAUGCAAGAGGAUUGCAGAAAAAGAGGAGCACCAGAUUACUGCUUAUAGCCGAAGGUAGGCUUGCUCUUUGUUUGAGAAUCCCUGAUUAAUCAACAACAGCAUCAACAGAGAGGGAGAGGGAGAGAGAAAGAGAGAGAGAGAGACUGCCCGUAGUCACAGGGAGAGACACAGAGACAGAGAGAGACUGUUUCAGAUCUUCAGUGCUUAGGUGGCAACGAGAGAGACAGAGAGCAUCCUUUUUCUGCCGCAAGAAGCCAUUUGAAUAGGAUGCGUUCUAUCCCUUCUUUUGCUUUCUUUUGGUCUUCACAGCGUCCACUCCAAUGAGGCACCUUAGCCACCUUUGUAUCAUCGCAUAUGUUGGUGCUGUAAUCUUCCGUGUGGUGAAGUGGAUACAAAAAAAUUCCUCCCAUUUCUUUUCGGUUGGACUUCAAAGCAUGGUACUGUUGGUGCCCCCCUGAUACCUUAGCUCUCCUUUCUCUGCAUGUGGAUUUAAGAUGCCUGGUCCCAUCCUUUGCCCCGCUGCAUUUUUGAAAGUCAAACUUUAAAAGGCAAUUUUAAUCCUAUACCGAGAAGAUCUCUCUUUUAAAUACAACAAACACUACUAACUACUAGAGAUGUAGAAUUCUACAAUCUGGACAUCUUUGCCAAGAAGAUCUCAAGCACUUUAAUAGAAGAAAAAACUGAGCCAAUCUACAAAAUCUGUUUUGUAUGGUGCUGAAAUAUUCCUUCAGACUGCACUGAGAUAACCUACAGGAAAGGGCUUUUACAGACAAAAGUCACCUUUAAUUGUUGCACUUAGUGGUCCCUGAGGACUUUAAUUUUGGAAGUGUUUGCCUCUGUUUAUUAUUUUCCACAAGAUGAUGAGUUCGAAUCAGGAGGAGGUUACUUUGGGCACUUUUCUCCAAUAUAUUGAAGAUAUGGGCAUGAAGGCCUAUGAUGGCUUGGUGAUACAAAAUGCGUCUGACAUUGCUCGAGAGAACGAUCGCAUGAGGAAUGAAACAAACCUGGCAUACUUGAAAGAAAAGAACGAAAAGCGCCGGAAACAAGAAGAAGCAAUAAAACGCUUAGGUGGCGAAGUGGUGAGAGGACAUGAAGGAGGCUAUGUGGGCAAACAUUUCCGCAUGGGCUUUAUGACGAUGCCCGCUCCUCAGGACAGGCUACCACACCCUUGUUCUAGUGGCUUCACUGUGAGAUCCCAGUCACUUCAUUCGGUUGGAGGCACAGACGACGAAAGCAGCAGCUGUUCUCGCAAGCAACCACCGCCAAAACCCAAACGCGACCCCAACACCAAGCUAAGCAUAUCCUCUGAAACUGUAAAUGCUGGAACAACGAAUAAGAGCGGAAAGUUACCAGACAGGACUGAAGCGUCAUCAAAACCAAGGCCUCACAGUGAUGAAUAUACUAAGAAGAUUCCACCCCCUAAGCCAAAACGGAAUCCAAACACUCAGCUAAGUGCAUCUUUUGAUGAGACAUACAUCAAAAAGCAUGCCCCCACAAAAUCAUCUCUAAGUCGAGAUGCCUCCUUGUCACAGGUCAGCAGUCCUGCUCCAGACACAGAGGAAGAAGAACCUGUUUAUAUCGAAAUGGUUGGGAAUAUAUUAAGAGAUUUCAAAAAAGAUGAGGAGGACCAAAUUGAGGCAGUAUAUGAGGAAAUGAAGUACCCCAUCUUUGAUGAUGGAGGCCAAGAUUCAAAAUGUCCAUGUGAGUAUGACCAUCACAGCUGUUCUUCUCAGUGUGCUACUCCCACAGUGCCUGACCUUGAAUUCUCCAAGUCCUCAGUGCCAUCUACUCCCAAGGGUGUGCUUUGUGAUAUUCCCCCACCAUUUCCAAAUUUGCUUUCUCAUAGACCUCCACUCCUGGUUUUUCCACCUGCACCAGUGCAAUGCUCCCCAAAUUCUGAUGAAUCUCCUCUAACACCUCUGGAAGUCACCAAGCUUCCUGUGUUAGAAAAUGUGUCUUAUAUCAAACAGCAAGCUGGAGCUUCUCCAUCUUCACUGCCACCUCACACUCCAAGUCAUCAAAAACUGGAGAAAGACCAGUCAAUAUCUCAUGGAACUAGUACUCCAGGGCACUCCUCUUCACCUCCGCAUCCUUCUACCUUAUACAGAACACAGUCUCCACAUGGCUAUCCCAAAAGCCACUCUGCCUCUCCCUCUCCUGUGAGUAUGGGUCGGUCACUUACCCCCUUAAGUCUCAAAAGACCUCCUCCUUAUGACUCUGUACAUUCAGGAAGUCUCUCAAGAAGUUCUCCAUCAGUGCCUCAUUCUACAGCCAGAAACAUAUUGCAAGAUGGGGGGAAAAUGGUAAAUGCCUCAAUCAAUACCUAUGGGUCAUCAUCGCAGAGUGGUUCACGUUCUAGAACGCCUACCAGUCCUCUAGAGGAAUUAACUAGCCUUUUUACCUCAGGACGAAGCUUACUGAGGAAAUCCUCGAGUGGAAGAAGAUCUAAAGAGCCUGCAGAGAAACCACUAGAUGAGCUGAAGAUUCGGAGCCACAGCACUGAACCACUACCAAAGCUGGAAAACAAAGAGAGAGGAGGUCACCAUGGGACAUCUUCCUCCAGAGAGCCAAUAAAAGCUCAGGAAUGGGACGGGACACCAGGACCAACAGUUGUGUCCAGUAGACUUGGAAGGUCUUCAGUCAGUCCAACAAUGCUGGCAGGGAAUAACAGCUCGGUGCUACUCCUGUGCUGGUCCCAGAACACCAGAGACAAAAUAGAAUCUAAAGCAAGCUGCCGAUUGGGACGAUCAGCAUCCACAUCAGGUGUGCCUCCUCCUUCUGUUACUCCUCUCAGGCAAGCCAGCGAUCUGCAACCAAGCCAGAAUCAACCCCUCUGCACACCCAAUAGGAGAGGAAAGAAACCUACCCGAACCAGGAGAGAACAACCAAUUCCACAACCUAGUAAUGUACACAAUUACAGUAAAGUGGCAUGUAUGCAAUGGUUGCAUGGAGACCAUACAAUGCUGGAAAUGAUUGAGAAAAAACGUUGCCUCUGCAAGGAAAUCAAGGCUCGACAGAAAUCCGAGAAAGGAGGACUUUGUAAACAGGACAGCAUGCCCAUACUGCCCAGCUGGAAGAAGAACACAGGGACCAAGAAAUACAGUCCUCCUCCCUAUUCCAAACAACCAACUGUUUUCUGGGAUACUGCAAUAUGAUAGGAGCAUGGAGGACUGUCUUCUACACAUGGCUGCAACCUGCCAUGUCAACCCUUCUUCCUGUUAUGACAGUGGCUGGGACAUAAUUUCAGGUGAAGAACUGCCUAGGAUUCAAGCAGACCGGAGUGGUAUCCACCUGGCAAUCUGAAGCAAAUUCUAUGUCUCUCACUGAAUGAAGGCAUGCCUAGUUGGGAAGGAUUCUAUUGGAUCCAGAAAAAUAGUGAGAUGUAAAUAUUUCUGCCUUCUCUCAACAAGAAUCCUGAGUUAAGACACUCUUCAAAAAUAUAAUGCAAAAAUGUAUGAAGAAUUUUACUCAUAUGCUGUUUAACUGUUUUCUAUGUGGUACCUUUAUGCUGUCAAGGUUUUUUUAAGUUAUUUAGAAUUAUCUCACCCUGUCCAAAUUUGGUGUCCUUAUAAAAGCAUGUAGUUGUCCAUUUUUUUUGCUUUAAUGGUACAAAUGUUCAAAUUCAGCCGGUGCUAGGGCUGUAGAAGUUAUGCACCCAUAUUCAUUAGAUGCAUUUUCUGUAAUUUUGGAACAGGGAAGAGAAUAUCAAUGCAGGCUAAAAGUAUUCAUUUGGGUGUCCAAAUCAUAUUAUCAGUUUGAAAAGUAUAUUUGCUUUUAGAAAAUGGUAUUAAUUAAUGGCAAAUCAUAACAAUCUGUCAAGUGUGGCUGUCAGACAACCUCCGAGAUAAACCUCAUUAAAAUUACUACAGUGUUUGAGCGACUGUACUGGGAGGCUCUGAUCCAAAAUCCUUGGGUGUAAAAGCAGUGUAGAGUUAUUUCCAACAGAUACUGCUAUCUGCAAGAGGGAAGCAGGUAGAGAGAAGGCAUAUGGGAUACAGUGCCCCAACUCUUUCACAAAAGCUUAUCAGGACUGACAUAGUUGAUCCUUGGCCUUUGGGCUAAGAUCACGUGCAGUAUCAGUUUAGGGAGCAAGCCUAAGCAAGUCUACUUGGAAAUAAGUUCUAUUUUAUUCUGUGGGUCUUGCUCACAGGAAAGGGUUCUUUGGGUUGCAACAUCAGUAUAGCAGAAUACAAAGGUGGCAAGAGCACCACUUGAACAAAUGGAUUAAUAGUGUACCGCCUGACAGAGAAGCAGGCUUCAGCAAAUGGAUUAAUUCAGCUGGAUCAGGCCCAAUUUACUGAGUGUUGCUGGCAGGGUUAAGUUGCCUAAAAUGCACAUUCAGUUUGCUGCAGAAAGGUUAUUGAAUGAUGGAGAACUCUUCCUUCUUCUAUCCAGAUGAUUUGCGGAGACCAGGGUUCACUGUGACUAAAGACUGUAUAUCCCAUGAUAAAGUUAUUCUGUGUUUAGCAAGUCAGAGUUGUGAUAAUGCAGCUAUAAUGGCUAUCCUCAUUUGUCUUUAGUCCCUGAAAGUAACAGUAACAAAAUCUGUUCACGUUGUUUCACAUUACUUUUAUAAAAUAUAUAUAUAUAUAUAUAUAUAUAAAUAACUAUAUAUAACAAUAGUAUCCUGUGUCGCGUUAGUAUGAAUAAUUGUAAAGUCUCACUAAAGUUAAUGGAAAUGGUAGACUUCAUCUUGGAAAGUCUGAUCCUUUGGAUUGGGUCUGUAGAGCACAUUUCUCUCGAGUAACCAUUGUCAUGUUCCUGGUUGAUCCUGUAAUUGGGUCAUAGUCCUCUGUGACAUCACACCCAUCUUACUAGACUAUAAUGUCAUGACCAAAGAAUUAUGACCUCUUGGUUUUAACAGGAGAAAGAGAUGGUUUAUAUGCUAAACAUGAGGGUGAGAUCUGUGCAUUAAUGUAUCUUCCAGAAGGCACUGUGUAGGGUAAGAAGGGGGAAAAAAUCCAUAUUGCGGUAGAGUUCAUGUGAUCAUAUAUAUUUUGUAUAUUUAAAUUUUUAUCUAUGCUUCUAAACGUUCGGCAGCAUAAAAGGUUCCUCUUUUAACAAUCAUUUUAAGAAUUAUUAUAUUCUCUGAGAAGAGGAAAAAAAUACAUGUGUCAUUUGAACUUAUUGUCAUAUUGGCUUUUCUUUUCAAAUGAUAUUGACAGCGAUGCCACUCGGGCACUCACUGAUCAAUAAGACCAAAAAUAAAGCAAAAUGUUAGUAGGUUAUUUUGUAAUCUAUAUUGCUAAAAUUGAUUAUUACUUUAUCAAUAGUAGUUUCUUUCCAGACUGGAAUAAAAAAAUAAAGUUUUUAAAUAUUUUAUAACUAAUGUAUAUUUUGAUGUCCAAAUUGACAAUUUCUGUAUAAGAAAGAGAGAAAAAGAAAGUGUGGGGGCUUAUAAGUGUGUCUAGUAGGUAUUUAAGUAUUGUUAUUUAUGUUUAGUAGCAACACAAAGAUAUAAACUUGGGUAUAUGUGCAUAUCACCACAUGUUGUGCAUUUGCAACAGCUGGAAUGGGUAUGUCGUUCAAUAUGUUGCUAAUGAGGGAUGUAAAAUGGUAUAGUAUAGCCUGAUUUUGUCAGAUCGCGGAAGCUAAGCAGGGUUGGUACUUGUAUAGGAGACCCCAAGGAAGACUUUGCAGAGGAAGGCAAUGGCAAGCCACCUCUGGUUCUCACUUGCCUUGAAAGCCCCUUGUUGUGGUCAUCAUGAAUCAGCUGAGACUUGAUGGCACUUUACAUGAAUCCAUGUUGUUUAUGUGCAGCUGCUCCAAGUCAGCAAUGUUGGAUUCACAAUCUGGGGCCCUUAAUCUGUUAUAUUCUGGAUUUGGUAAUUUAGCAGAGUGCACAAAGGCUAUAGUGCGAAGCAAAGCCCAUCCAGUCUCCGUGUGUGUCAGAAACAACAUUAUUUAGACCCACUUGUCUAAUCAAACUAAUAUACUUCAUUUAUUGUAGGAACUCCAUUUCUGGGUAGGAUAGACUAAAUAUAGUUUCCCAAUCUCGUCUCAUGGUUGCAAGACCAAGAAGUAUGCAUGAGAAUAGAGGUGUGAGAAGGAGGAAGGAAGUGUUUCUGAGAGUUGCAGUCUGCAUAUCAAAGAAUAGUGUCAGAGCAAUAGAGAAAGGAUGCCCAGUAUCUUGACCCCUCUGUCUUUCUGAUUCUCUAGUCAAGUCUCCUGCUGAAGUUUGAGGUGAAGAGACAGCACAAUGCCCUUCACUUCUAACAAGCAAUGACACAGUUGUUCAGAGGAAUCAGGUUCUGAAAAGUGUACACAAGGUCCUUCCCAUAUAACAGAAAUAAAGUGUCCUGAAGAUGUUUUUAAAAGAUCUGUUUUGGCUUUUUGAGUUCCCAUAGUCAGCUAAACCGGUCCUUUUUUCCCACCUGUUGGCCUAUGGAGCUCUGGGCAGUUUCAGAGUUGUGCUGCUACAAAAAUUCUGCCUCCACCAAUUUCCAUGUAAAAAGGAGAUGAACAAAGUUUGUUUUGCCUAGCGAUCCCGCACACGUGUUGUUUUUCCUUAUUUUUGUUUUGAGGGAAAUGUCUGCAAAGCUACAAUGACACAAAUAUGCACAUCUUGCAGCUUGUCUAAUUGUGAUGUCGUAGCUUCGCAAACAUAACAAAAAACAAAACAAAGCAAAAAGGAUAUGCACACAGGAUCACAAGGCAAACAAUCUUUACUCAUCUACUUUUUACACAGAACACACAUGUGGAUGAGCUGCAAGCAGAGGAAGCCUCCAUGGGGAAUCUUCAUGGAGAAUCUCUACUGUAGUACGCAAAAUGACUGGUGUGACUGGCAAAAGUGAAAGUCAGAGGUUUGGAGAGGAGAAAUAAAACACUUCCUGCCUGCUCUUGUUUGCUCAACAGGCAGGAAACAUCUUCAACUUGGAUUGGGGGGAAAGAUCAC